CCAUCUGGCAACCGGGAGUUGACAAGCUCAGAUAUGUUCCAGUUAUAGUACUUCUCAUAGCUCCUUGAUCAAAGUGUCUCCUGAUGAGUUAUGAUUUGAAAAAUAGUUAGCCUAUAUUGCAUAUUUCCCUUCACAUUUCAUCACUCAACCAUCACAUAUCCUGGGAGCAUCUCAAUCGAAGCACGGAAAAGGAGAGAAUCGAAGCUCCAAAACCAAUCGUGUUUCUUGCAAUUUCAACUUUCUUUUAUGAUACCCCUUUAAGUUCUUUUUUUUUUUUUACAAGAGAGUGAAUUUUCCUGUUUGAAGUCCGUGGUGUACAGUGUGCGAAAUUGCAGUUUGCUGCAGCACCCCAGACAACACCAUGACAGACGGAGAGCCAUCAUACAUAGAUUACGAGACUUUUCUCGAUCCAAAUUUCUCUCCGGCCUCGUUUGCCAAUUCUCUUGUCAUCAGCACCAACAAUGCCAAUGACUCUCCCCUGGACCUCUCCACGCCGCUGUCGCGCGUGCUGUUCGAUCUCCAGGAGAUAGAUACGCACAUUCAUACGCUGACGACCAAAUCGGCAUUGCCGCUUCUCACGCAUACGCGCGAGCAGACGGGAUCCGGCCAGCGUGUCGUCGAGCAAGUGGAGGAGCAAGUUGCCUCGUUGACGUCGGGAUAUCAACGGCUCGAGAAGGAGGUUCUGCGGAAAUGGGAGGCGGCCGAAGAAGCCAGAGUGGCUGCGGAGAACUCGUGGGCGACAGUCCGUCUGGCUCGAGCUGUGGCACGGUGUCUUUCCCUAGGGAGACAGCUCGAGGGUCAGCUCGCGGAGCUUUCUGGUCGGGGCUCUACAAGACAGGACCAUAAAAUAUUGUCUGAUGCGGCAUAUGCCAUUGUUUCCUUACGACGGUUGCUUUCUGCCACUGGAGAAGGGGAGGAAGGCUAUGGCCUUGAUCGAGUCAAGGUCGUCCGGACGCUGAGGAACGAGCUCGUGAUCCCUGCAGAAAACACCGUCACGACGCGGACGCAGCAGAUCAUCAACAGAUUCUCUAUGUCGACUUUACUCGCGGAAGAGAAUGGCGGUUCUGCCGGAUCGUCGACAUACAAGCAGGCUCUUGAUGCCAAGGCACGAGUGAUAUCUGCGAUUACGACAUUAUACAUCCUUUCACCAGCUCCUAGACCCAAGACUCCGGCGUCUGAAUAUCGUCCAGAACUCCUCCUUUCGACUCUGCAAGGAUACAUGCAUACUUCUCUAACCACGUCUCUGAGCGCGCUGACCAAAGCGCUCACUAUGCUCCCGACGCUCGAGCGUACUCUCGUCGAGAUCUCCGCUCGGUGUCAAGAUAUUGUCGCUCUCGAGACGAUUCUCGGCACCUUACGUCCACCAACCCAUCCGCUCUUGGAAUCACAAACUCCUCCACCAAAGGAACUCCCUACGACUGCCCAGGAUACAGAGAAGCCAUUCCAGUCGCCUAGCGACCAAGCCCAGAGCGGGACUGUCACAACAACCACAACCACAACAUCAUCAUCAUCAUCAUCUACGACCGACAACCUCCUCCAACCGCUCCUCCAGUCGCUCGACACGUCUUCACUCCCCUCCUACUUUUGGCGCUCUCUCGCUUCGUCCCUUCGGUCUCGCGUCCACGAUAUCGUCAGUCGUGGUGGCGUUUCCGCCCGAACGCUCAAGUCGAACGGCGACCGACUGCGGGCUGAACUGCGCGAGUGCGUGCUGCGCGGCUCGCAGCUCCCGGCGGCUAGUGUGCUGGGGAGAGAGAAGGGGUUGAGUAAGCGGGAUGCGACCGAUCAGCCUGUUGUAGUGGGUAAUUGGGAGAGAGAAGCAGCUGUGAUGGUUGGUGCGGUGGUGAAUACGUUGGGGAAAUAAUGAAUUAGAUCGAUUACGGUUGGGUUUGAUUAUAGCAUAUAGCAUAAUAAGAUUCGAUGCGUGCGAAUGAAGAUCUCUUUUGUGUAUGUCUUGUCUAGUUUUACUACAUGUAGUAUCCCCAUCAUAGAUGACAUAUUUGAUAUUCCCAGAAUCAAGCAUCUUCUUUCUGCUCGAUUAUACGGAAUCGGGCGAUACAACAUUCCUAGCUCCCUUGUCGUAGUCCGUCAAUGAUUACGCACGCAAAACUAAGGAACGCAUAUUGUCGAGAGAA